AUGGCGCCCUCGACUGCACUUCAGUCCAGAAUCAAUGCCUUCGAAUCGCUGGGAGGGCAGCCCUCUGCAUCUAUCGUGAAAAGCGCUUCGAAAUCGCGGCCUCGCCGCCCCUCAAAUCCGCUUGACAAGCCGAUCUCGCCGACAGCCACGACAAUUCAGCCGAUUACACCCUCCAGGACGCCCAAGCCACCCGCUUCACGCUCCCCGUCGCCGCCAAACCUCGGACGGAAAACAUCGCUGAUUGACCUGAAGGACUGGGUGGUUGAUGAUGGACCUGCGCAGAAACAGAAUGGGCACGCGAACGGUGACGGUAAAGCAAGAGGCAUCGGUCUUGGGUUGCCAUCGAGCAGAAAUGUGACAAGCCCGCCUUUACGGUCGAGCACUGCUCCGCUCAUCAACUUCGAGUCGCAAUCUCCACCUCCGCCAAAGGUGCAAGCGCCCCCGCUCCCGCCUAGGAAGCCCUCCAAACAGUCUCUCCGAUCAACCGCCUCUGCCCCGGUCUCGCCACCCUCGCUAGCUCAGAGUCAAUCAAAAGACUCCUUGACUGUGGAGAGCCAGUACCCGUCCGUGUCGAAAUUGGACGUUGCAGCGUUGGGUCGCAGAGGCCAGGGCCACGUGCCUGCCUCGUCCGUCUCCUCAUUUCACUCCAUCUCUUUGUCCUCCGACGGCGGUACGGACGGCGUGGGCACUCCUACCUCGGUCUCUGAGUUCGUGCACACGUAUCCGAUGGACAGGGGAGCUGACACGGACAGCCUGGAUGGGUCGUACGAGAAUGUGAACGUCUCUGCCGCUACAUCCGUCGCGAAUAGCCCGGUCGUUUCUAUAUCCUCGCACGACUGGGAGUUUGCAAGUAACAACGGCAGUGCCAGUAAGCGGACUGAGCCCCCAAAGCUGCCUCGGAGACCCGUCAAACCCCCUUCCUCGCCCAUAUCCUCUCCCCCCAGUGUCUCCUCGUCUCUGCCCACAUCCCCUCGCCUCACACCGACACCGUCCCAGGGCAGGCGAGCCCCACCGCCACCUCCCCCAAUUCGCUCACGCCCGCCAUCCUCACGCACAUCCAUUACCUCCUUCUCUGACCGCUCUUCAAUCCUCAGCAACAGCACCUCCACCUCGCGUACAAGCGUCAGUACCUUCGGCUCCGUCUCCAAGCAGCUGCUACGGCCCACUCCCGUUCCCAUCGCGGCGCGACGCCGGUACGAGAAGGUGUUUGACGCGAACGUGGUGCAUGCGCGCCAGGCGAGGUUGGUCGUCCCGAGCCAGACGCAGGGAAAUCGGAAGAGCAGGUCGGCGGCGGGAUGGCGGGGUUUGUCAGUGGACUUGAUUACGAGUCCUGAACCGGAGACUCCGGCUACUCCCUCGACACCCAUGCCAAGAAAAGAUAAGGGUCUGGAUGAUGAAGAGGACGUAGGAAGUGAGGAAAGGUUGGAUGGCGCUAUUGUAAGAAGAAUAUGGAUGUGCUCGAAGCUGGAGAGACGGAAGCUUAGGGAUUUAUGGUGUGAAUGUGACCCAAAUGGAACCGGCAGCCUUGAUCGCGACGCCUUCGUCAAAGGCAUGUGGCGUAUCGACGAGGAGCUUCGGCGCGCGCAGCUGCUGCGAGGCACACGCUCUCCACCUCGUUGCAUGGCGUCGAGGCCUAUAUUGCGAUAA